UAUGACAUGCUGCAAAGAUUAUGUACAAAUUGGAAACAUCUGUGUUGAAUGCGAGCCCGGAUACUGGAGCCAUAACUGCUCCUCGCCCUGUCCACCUAAUCACUACGGACGUAAAUGUAGCCAGAUAUGUGACUGUUCACCAUCAGAGUACUGUGACGUAGGGCGGGGCUGUCUGCGUAAAGAGACCAGUCCAAACUAUGAACAUAUGGUGACAGCAACAACUGAAGAAACUCCAAAAGGGCCUGGUCCCCAGUUUCACCCUCCAGACCUUGUAGCUAAUGAGAUAUGUGCUCGCUCUGUGUUCGCACAUCAGACAUCUACCAUCAGAACAAAUUUUGAAAUCCCCUCUGAGCAAAGGAUUUUCCCAUUUGUUUCGCACCGCCAUGUCUUCAGGAUUUCUGGAACGUUUGAAUGCUGCCUAGGACGCUUUUUGAAGAAAGGCCGUUCUUGGGUUAGUAUGAAGAAUAAGAAAGUGCUUCUUCAGGGGUCUCUCAAGAUGGGACAUUGGGUAGUGUUCUUGAUAAAGUGCAGGAGUGGAGCAGAUGCGUUGGUAGCUAAACCUUAAGGUACUCUUAUGAACGUAUGGGGACAAUGACACUUUGAUGGCAUGAGAUAUAAAUGCAGCUAUCAUUAUAAUUUGUAAAUAUAUCUAAGGCAAAAUAAAUGGAGAUGUAAAGAUACAUGUAUAUUAAAUCAAUUGUUUAAGUGAAUGUUCAUUUCCAUUUUAAUCUAUCUAAGAUACUCUGUGAUGUGAAUUUGAUUUUGAACGAAUUGUGUUAUGAUAUACGAGUCAUAACGUGUUAAGGCCAAAGUUGUACUAGUUAUAAUUCACAUGUAUGUAUGGAAGAAGUCAUACGUACAAAAGGUUGUAUAGGUUAUAACAUAUACAUAUCUAUUUUCAUAGUAUGAUGUAAAUUUAUUUGUUAAGCUCUUGAACUAAGUACAGCCUGUAACAUGUAAUUUUUAAGUCUCUACUGUAUCCUCAGUCUCCUUUUUACUAUCAUCAUACUACGGUAUUUGCAUCUACUAGAUAUCUUUGUAUGAAUUGGCCGUUUAAUUUAAGCUUGGUUGUAAUUAUUAUGCAUUUGUUAUAAGAUGUAUGUCGUUCGCAAUAAAGCAAUUGAU